AUUACUCCAGACUUUUCUACCAUGCCUGCCUUUACUCACAUUACCCAGAAUGGCGUAACUCAUUCGGAAAAAGUCCACCCCACUUAUGAGCAGAUGGGGUCAGAAAGAGAGAUGUCAGAUGACAUUUUUGAUGAGACUUAUCGUGAGAAAGAGGGUCCUAAGCCUGCAAAAAGAUACGUCUGGAGGAAUAUUAUUCUCAUGUUGCUUCUCCAUCUAACUGCUCUGUAUGCCAUCUGGUUCAUACCUUCUGCAAAGCUACUCACUUUGGCAUGGGCUCUUCUGUGCUUCAUUUUGGGUGGUCUUGGAGUUACAGCUGGAGCACAUCGACUUUGGAGUCACCGGUCUUACAAAGCCACUGUACCUCUUCGAAUAUUCUUGGCCAUAAUCAACUCCAUGGCUUUUCAGAAUGAUAUUUAUGAGUGGUCCAGAGACCACCGUGUGCACCACAAAUUCUCUGAGACGGAUGCAGAUCCCCACAAUGCAAAAAGGGGCUUUUUCUUUGCUCAUAUUGGCUGGUUGUUGGUCCGCAAACACCCAGAUGUCAUCGAAAAAGGAAAGAAGCUGGACUUGUCUGACCUGAAAGCUGACAAGAUUGUGAUGUUCCAGAGGAGAUAUUACAAGACCUCAGUGGUGCUAAUGUGCUUCGCGCUCCCUUCCUUUGUUCCUUGGUAUUUUUGGGGAGAAAGCUUUCUCAUCAGCUACCUGUUGACUAUUCUCCGCUACACGUCAACCCUCAAUGCCAGUUGGUUGGUGAACAGCAUGGCACACAUGUAUGGCAAUCGGCCAUACGAUCGUCACAUCAACCCCAGGGAAAAUCACUUCGUGGUCUUUGGAGCUUUGGGGGAAGGCUUCCAUAAUUACCAUCAUACUUUCCCCUUCGAUUACUCAACGAGUGAAUAUGGCUGGCGGUGGAAUUUCACUACUAGUUUCAUUGAUCUUAUGUGCUUCCUUGGCUUGGCCAGUAACUGCAAGAAAGUAGCCAAAGGGACCGUCUUGGCUCGAAAAAUUCGGACUGGUGAUGGAAGCCACAAGACUGGCUGAAAACUGGUUUCCCUGAUCUUUCUUUUCUCCUUUCUCCAACAACCUAGUCAUAUAUUUGAUCUGUUUACUAGCUAUUAGGACUGUGCAAAGCAUGAAACCGGGGAGGGGGCUUAGCAAAGUGCAUUGGCACAAGUGAAACAUUAAAGCAGCUGUGUCCUCUGAAAGGCCAGGUGUUUUGAAGGCUUUUUCCUGGUUCUCUGCUCAGGUGUGUGCAUACACAGCUGCUUUGCUUGGCUGAUAGUCGAAUGAGACGGGCUUUCUGUGCAUACAUUAGAUGUGAACAGUCAGGGUUGCCCCUCAGAACAGCCAAACUAAGCUAUCUGGAUAUUGCAGCUGCUUCAUGCUUUGAGGGUGAAUAAUUCACUCGUUUUACAAAGCCCCCCUUUUCAAAUGCUUUGCACAGCCACAUAACUUACCAAGCAAUGUGUUCAGGAUGCUUAAAUGGGUGACUAACUCAUUCCAGUAUUGUCUUUUGAAACAAUAUAUUCAAGGCAUAUGGCAAAACCUUCCUCCCCCACCCACCCCUGACCUUGGAGGCUGCUUUUCCAUGUCCUUUUCCACUCCUCUGCAAAAGUUUCUUUCUCUCUCCUCUGUUUUCUGUCUCUCUCCUUAGCAGCUGAUAAAACACCCCAAUCCAUGUGUUCUUGGUUGGAAGAAGAUUUUAGGAGGAUUGAAAGGACAGACUGGUACCAAAGUAAAAACUUCCUUUCUUAGAAUGAGUUAACAACUCAACGAUUGGCUUAUAAGUCAUUUCCCUUCUCCUUAUCUCUGGUGCUGUUGAAGCUCUCUUCUUUUUCUGGUAGGAAAUUAGAAGUUGGACUUCUACGUAGCAGUUCUGAAAAAAACUAUUAGAAAUUGAGAAAAUGUGUAUAGUGAAUGGGAAGACAGAAGAUAAGAUUGUAUAACACGGGACACACAGACGUAAUUUUACAGAUCUGUCCCGCAGAAGUGGUUGAUAUUUUUAGUUGGUGCUAGGUAAUUGGAGCUCCCUUCCUCCAGUCCCCCUGUCAUUGCUGCUUGUCCUUAUGAAGACUUGUCUGCAGGAUUCUGAGAUGGCAAGAUGGGGAUGUCAUGUAAGGAUGCUGAUCACUCUAUAGCAGUGAAGUUAAGAACAUGGUUAAGAACAUGCUCAAAGAUUUAAAAAAAAUGUAUGCACUAAAGAGUUUUUUUCGUAGCUGAAGCUUUUUUAUGUGCAAAAGAAUGACUUGUAUGUUGCAUGCUUGCUGAUAUAUGUAGUAGUAGAUCAUUUCUGUUCUCAAGUGAUUUAUUCAGUUUAGCAUCAAGUGAUUCAGCUAAUUUAUUUCUCAAUUCCUGGACCAUUUUCUGAACCAAAUCUGCUGUAAUUCUUUUCCCUCUAGGUAGCUCUAGCAAUCCUCCCCUCCCUUCCAUUCUCACCACUUUUCUGGUUGUCAUUAUAAUAUUAUAAUCCAAAAAGGAAAGUGUCUUAAACAAGGGGAAAAGAAAAGGCAAGCUUCCCCUUUUCUUUCUCUUUUCUCUUCCUGUGCCUUUAAUAUUUUCAUCUCUAAUGGCACUCCAUAGUUACAGUCAGCAUCACAAUCAAUAUCAUCAUAGUUACAAUCAACAUCACAGUCU